CAACAGCAACAGCAACAUUCAUGAAGACAGUAGGCUUUCAGCGGCUGAUCCAAAUCGUGGUGGAGAAGUAAGCGUCGGAGGCAGGGACCAUCAGGGUGUUCCUCCAAGCGAGAAUACGACAAUGAGGAAUUCUGCAGUAGCGAGAGAUGUCGAUAACAAUAGCCAAAUGAUCAACAUGGCACGGACCUUCACAUUUGAAGAACUUGCAAUGGCGACCCAAAAUUUUAGAGAAUCUAAUUUAAUCGGGGAAGGAGGUUUUGGAAGUGUUUACAAGGGCUGCCUAGACUCUGACAUGGCAAGUUCUGUUUUACUAUGCAUUCAAAAUGAUGAAAAUUCCAUGUUUGUUGUUUGGAAUUUAUCUUAUCUUACACUGAUGUGAUUACUCUUCGGCUAGUGCUGAUCAUCUGAUUUUCACGAUAGGUUGUUGCUGUCAAACAACUUAAUCUCGAAGGCCUUCAGGGAAAUCAAGAAUUUGUCGUGGAGGUAUUUAUGUUAAGCUUGCUGCACCAUCCCAACCUCGUUAACUUGAUUGGUUAUUGUGCACAUGAAGAUCAGAGAUUUUUGGUGUACGAGUACAUGCCACUGGGGAGCCUGGAUUAUCAUCUUUUUGAUUUAGAGCCUGGUCAGAAACCAAUGAGUUGGAGCACGAGGCUGAAGAUUGCUUUAGAUGUAGCUCAUGGCCUUGAAUAUCUUCACUGCAAAGCAAAUCCACCAGUCAUUUAUCGUGAUCUGAAAUCUUCGAACAUACUAUUGGACAAUGACUUCAAUGCCAGGCUUUCGGAUUUUGGUAUUGCUAAACUAGGACCUGUUGGUGAGAACACUCAUAUUUCGACACGAGUGGUGGGAACUUACGGAUACUGUGCCCCUGAAUAUGCCUUGAGUGGCAGACUAACUCUAAAUUCAGACAUUUAUAGCUUUGGUGUGGUUCUGUUGGAACUGAUUACUGGACGUAGGGUUAUCGACCGCACCAGAAAGCCAGGAGAGAAGAAUCUGAUUGAGUGGCUCCUUCCUUUUCUAAAAGGCCACAAGAAGUUUGUCCAGAUGGCAGACCCGCUGUUAGAGAGGCAAUUCUCCAUCCAAAAUCUGCAUCAUGCAGUAGCAAUCACUGCAAUGUGUCUUCAGGAACAACCAAGUUUUCGCCCUGCCAUCAGUGAUAUUGUUACAGCACUUGAAUACGUAGCUUCUCAGACGGGUAGCUCUGAUCAUCGUCAAGGUGGAGCUUUAAAUUCGACAUUGCCACCACCAUAGGCCAAUUUACAUGGGUCUUGUGGGAUCAAUUGAUCCCACAAAAUUUCUGAAGUUCUAUAUAUUUUUUCCAGUUGCAGAAGUUUUAGCCUGCCA